GCCGCCGCUGCUGCUCCGUAGCCGCUCUUUCGUAUUACCCUUCCGAGGCGAGUUCAGUUCGAGUCGCGUAGCCGAGUUUACCGGGAUUAUACAUCGCGCACGCACGGUCCGUAACAAGACUCGUAACAACCAUGAGUACUAAGGAAAACAACGAGGUCGCUGUUGAGAAGGCGACCGAAAACGACAAGGCAUCCGCGGACGCUAAAUGCGACAUCAAAGCCGCGAUCAAAAGGCCAUCCGGAACGCUUGAGGAAAAAGUUGACGAACCAAAAAAAGCGAAGAAAGAGGAGAACGGGGAUGGUGAGGUAGAAGAAGAAGAAAUUGAAGAGGAGAUCGAGGAAGAGGAAGAGGCGGAUGGUGAUGGAGAAGAAGACGAUGAGGACGACGAUAUUCCAGAAGGAGAGGAGGACUUGGAAGAAGGAGAAGACGAGGAAGAUGACGAUGCGGAAGGUGAAGUAGAAGGUGAAGACGAAGAGGAAGACGCAUAAUAAAAGAAGGGGGAGAAAUAUGUAACUAAGGGAGGCGUUAGGCACGUGACGACAUCCAUCGUCAAUUUUCGGAAAACUCAGCGAACUUACUCUCAUAUUGAGUGGUUGGUAACAAGUGUUGAAUAUCCAUCGUGCCCGAAUCCGCGUUUGCUGGAUUUAACAAUUCAGUACAGUUACUAUCCUCUCUCUUCCGACCUACUAAAAAUUACCAUCUCACCAGAAUUGUGGUGGGCUGAUACAUACAUUAGGUGCGGAAAGAUGCAUUUUUUCACCCUUUGUCUUGGCUCUUCGCAAUUCUGGUUCGUCUUAGCCGCCACCAAAUGCUGUUAGGUAGUUUGAAUGAUAACCAUACAUUCGUCCUGCGGACUCUCCAAAUAGGUUGAUCCUACAAUUGGCAAAAAAAAAAAAUCUGAAUUCUCUCUCGUGUUUGGAUCGUUUAUAUUUCAUUCGCACGAUUCCCAAGACGAAUUUAUUGUUUUAUCCGAACCACCUAAGUAUAACUGGUAUUUGCCAUCUGGCUUUUUCGUCUUAAAAAUUUUAUAACGAAAACUUAUUUAAGAUAUAAAAAAAAAAAAACUUAUAUAUUUAAAUAGUGUAAAAUUUGAAGGUGAUUUUUUUACAUUUAAAAAUCAAAUUUACGUUUGUAGUUCGACGAAUGUCUCUCACCUUGUACGUGUGAUAUCUUGAGUUCUUCUUCUCGAAUUGAAAACAAAAAAAAAAAAAACAAAAAUAAAAAAAAAAAUGUGUAAUUGCAGUGUCUUCACAGGAGCGCGAGGCCUGAAUCAGAACAGAAUUAAAAAAACAAUUCAUACGUAACAAUAUAACGGCGUAUAAAUAAAGUAAAAUAGGGCAUGUGAAUGGACAUCUCUCGGCAUUCAAUGUACGUUUAAAAAAAAAAAAGAAAAAACCAAUGAAAUUAAAAAAAAAAAGAAAAGAGAAUAUAUAAUAGAUGUAAUACCGCUUCGUGCUCCUGUUUUGGUAUAGUGACAGGAAUUAAGAUUUAAUGCAAACGUUCGCGUCAGGUAGUGUGGAUGAGUAAUGUGACUAAUACCGCAUAAUAAGUAUACAUAGUAUGUAUAAAGUUACAAGAUAAGAAAACAUUUUAUUAUUAACGAUACUAUUAUGUAACGUAAAUAUAAUGCAGAGAGGUUGUUUAGGCUUGGGGAAUAGAUAAGGGGAACGGGGAGCAUUAAAUAGUCAACUUGUGAAGUUUAAGGGCCCCAUUAAAAAAAAAAAAAAAAAAAAGAAACCCUUCUCGAUUCUUUUCAAUUGUAUCAUUUCUUUUCGUAGACCAUAAGAAUUUUACGUUUAAUCUUGGAGAUAUAUAUAUAUAUAUACAUAUAUAUACAUACGUUUCUUUUUUUGAUAACUCCAAAACUGCCGUAUAUGACGCGAAAUUACAAAAGAAAAAAAAAAAGAAAUUCAUAAAUUUAUAAAUUGCGACGAAUUAUGUAAUAAGUACUUUUCAAACUGUUGUUCUCUCAAUUGAGCGUAAAAUCGAGCGAUUAUCUUUUUAUGUAUAUCGUGUUUUUAUCUUCAUUGUGGGCUACUUGUAGCAAUGAUUCUUUGGCUAUCGCAGAAUGAGUUGAUAAUUUAUUCUAAUUUCUGUGUACGUAGCAAUCUUUAAAUGAUAAUUGAAUUAUUUACUAGUUGGAUUUAGUAUCAGAUUUUUAAUCCUUAAUGACAUUUAAUAAUAAUAACGAUGAUGAUAAUGAUGAUGAUGAUGAUGAUGAUGAUGAUGAUGAUGAUGAUGAUCCACGGAUCUGAAUUAAAUAAAGCAACAGACUCUUUGUGCAAGAGUCGGUGAAUCAUUGCGAUUGGCAUGUCCAUACCGCUACUUAUUUUUCGGGAGACUGUUAGAUAAAAGGGUGACGAGACAUUGCGGUUAUACCAUUGUACCAUAGCAGCAUAAUAAAUAAAGGUAAAGCUAAUUUGACUGCGGAAAGAUGUCCCGUUUUAAUGUACAAAUAUUUUCGAAUGAGAUAGUUAAAUAAAACGCAGUUAGAUCAGAGAAAAUAAAUUCGUUCUCGUAAGUAGUAGAAGAUGGGUUUAAAUGUCUGAGGAUUAUAAUGAGGAGGAGAUGGCAGUGUGUGUGUAAAAGGCUGCUCCGUUCUCACGUACUAAAAUCCUACUAAAUGGAAACCAAGGAGAUGGGCGGGGAAAGGGGGAAAGAGUUGGACCGCUUGACACAUUGAUACUUAUGAAAAAAAAAAAAAAAAAAUCUUUUCAGUACCAUCAAAUUUGUCGGUGUAUAAAAAUGGAAAAUAUUCUAUAAUGUAAUGCGUCCAACAAAGACAGCCAAUCGAUGUCAAAUGUGAUGAUGAUGAUGGUAAUGAUAAUGAUGAUGAUGAUGAUGAUGAUGAUGCAUAUAGAUUGAUGACACACCAUCUCCGGCAGUCUCUGUUAAUCUACGGUUUUAUACGCAAUCCGCUGCUAUAUUCACACGUGUUCACUUCAAGAUAGUAACUUGACGAUGAGACAAAGUUGACAAAGAACUAUCUUAAAGUACAGGUGCCUGAAACAAAAAAAAA